UUUGGGUGGUCAGACUCUCCAGUCACAUAAAAUUGUUGUUUUUUAUUUAGUGUUUUAGACUGACCCCAAAGCCACUAUCCAUAUCUGAAAAAUUUUAACGCACUGUUUGAAGGGUUUGCAAUUCGGUACUUACUUAGUGCUGGCAUCUAUAGACUACACUACCUUUUUUUCUUUCACUAUUGUGUUAACAGAGCUAGGUGGCGAAAAAAAUUAUUUCUAUGGGCCUAAUUGAAUACGAGCUUGAAGAUGUAUCAAAGCUCUGUGAGCGUACAAUCCCAGGCUCUCGCCUUGUGUCUUGUGUUCAGUCUAUUGUUCGAGUCGAAAUAAGUCGCACGGCCACCAAAACUAUUGUGGUUUGUGCACAGUUUCCAACUAAUUAUCCAUCUUCUCCGCUUUUGAUUGAACUGAAAAGCAAAACUUUGUCUGACUUAUUAUUAGAAAAACUCACUUGUGUGUGCGAACAAGAAAUUAAAAAAUACCUUGGAAAACCUCAGAUAUUACCACUUUUAAAAUUCAUUCAGACUUUUAUUGAUGAGAAUCCUCUCUCAUGCUGCUAUGAUGAAAUAUCUUUGCUGAAGGAAAAAGUUCUCAACCUUACAGGUGACAGUGGUGAUGAAUUUCGUUUAAAACAGAAAUCAUCUUCUCUCACUUUUAAGGCAACUCAAGGCAGCUACUUCCUAAAACUUUCUGUACUUGUCCCAGAGGAUUACCCAACCAAGGCUAUUGAUUUUCAGGAUGUUGACACAAACUUCCCACCUAUGUUCCAACGUUAUUGUGUUGGACAGGCUAAAGAAAUUGCAAGGAAGUGUGUUGAACCACCUCUCAAAAAAAAGGCAAAUGAACAAUUUGUUCCCAAGCCAUCACUUUUUCAUGUGUUGUCAUUCCUUGGCAAAAUUGUCAAAGAAGUCCCUAAUGAAAAGUGUCAGCUCUGUAAACAGCCUUGCCUCCCAUCAAAUCCAGAGGAAGCAGAAACUGAUGAGAAUUCAGACAUGCAUGUUGAAAGAAUGUACUGCAGCCAUUUGUUCCAUCAACAUUGUCUUAUUACCUACAUGAAAACUCCACCAUUUCAAGGUGGUAAGAAAUGCCCGUCUUGUGGACAAAGAGUCUUUCAUGACAAGUGGCGUGUCACUGAUAAAACAGCUGAAGACCGAUGGGCUCACCAGCAAGCACGCGAGAGAGAGCUGGAAGAGGUCACUGAUUUCUUCAGUGACUUGAAGUAGGCAGAGGAAGGCAUUACAGUGACAUAAGUAUUGUCAGAUAUGCUUGCUACUUGCCUGAAUGCUGAAAAAAUUACAGGGCUCCAAAACAGUUGAAGCAGCUUCAACCUCACCACCGCUCAUGAGACAAAUAUCCUCUGACCUGAAACAUGCUGAAAUAGUUGUUGUUUUUUUGGUUUGUGGUUUUUAUAGAAAUGUUAGAGAAGCAUGAGAUUUCUGUUUGUGUACCUGUAACAGGUUUUGUUAUGUGUUUUCUUUUUUUUAUAGAACUGUGUUAUGACACAAGAUAUUACUUGUUUGUUGCAUAAUAAAAUGUAUUUUAUUUUAAAAUUAUCAUUUAACAAUGCUGUAUAUAUACAUCAGCUAUUAUUUACAAUAUUCAUCAACUCUCAGUCUUUGCUUACAAAAUUUUCCUGUUUUUCAAACCAUACAAUAAAACCAAAGACUACAAACAGUGA